AUGUCCACGGAUUUGCACAGGCAGCAGCCGCUUGCCGUGCUCCUCAUUGGAGCCAGAGCGCCAAGGCAGGCGAGAGCGCCCUCGCACAAUGCCUUUUCCAGGCGGCUCUGUUGCGGCACUCUGGGCCAGCGCCAGUCCCGCUCGGAUGCCUCGCUCGCUUGGGACGUUGGUUCGAGCACUUCAGAGGAGGAAAAGGUACCCUUCCCUCGUUUUCCCCUGUUUGGGCCUCCUGGGCGGCCCUCGUCGCCACCGCUGGAUUCGCUUCGAAGUUCUGGUCAGAACGCACCCUGGGAGAGGUCCGGGGAGUGGCGGUAUCGGUACCUUUUGGUUUCCCCAGUAUUGUUGGGCAAGUGA